CUCCCAAACCCAUCUCUGUCGCACGAUUUCCACGUCACAGUACCGCGCAGACCGGAAGCAACAGAUCUUUCCAGAAAAUACUUCUGAGCUGAAGCAACGAGUAUAGUAUAGUGCGGCGGGUUCUCUGGCAAGCUUAGCUCACAUUUUCAACAGGACCAAAGUUGACAUUUUUCUUUUUUUUUCACGUUAUUUCCAUUUCGUGUGCCGUUGUUGCGUGGACUUCCCGCGGAAAGAGAAGGAGCGAGAAGAUGACGUCCAGGACUAUUGAUUACAGUGUGUGGGACCACAUCGAAGUAUCGGAUGACGAGGAUGAGACUCACCCCAAUAUCGACACGCCGAGCCUCUUCCGAUGGAGGCAUCAGGCGCGUGUGGAGAAACAGGUGGCCUUCGAGGAGAAAGGAGAGGAGCUGGAGAGGAACAUGGCAGAGUGUAAGAGAUGUCUGGAAGAGGUGCAGUACAGAGUGAAGGAGUUAGAGGAGGAAGGAAAGAAGGAGGGAGAGGAGGAGAGGAAGACGGCGCUGAGCAAGGCCCAGGCCGAGGAGAAGAAAUACAGAAAGGAUCAACGCUUGUGGGAGAAGAAGAUGGAGGAACACCGGAGAGAGGAGAAAAAGAUGCCUUGGAACGUUGACACGCUCAGCAAAGAGGGAUUCAGCAAGUGUCCACUGUCUUGUCCACUGAAAUAUAGAUACACCACUCCCUCAACAAGAGGGCUUCAGCCAGGGAUGCUUCGGCGUUGGGAGGACAGUCAGAAGUACCUGUCUGACCACCCUUACCUGGUGUGUGAAGAGACGGCUAACUUCCUGGUCAUCAUGUGUAUCGACCUGGAGGUGGAUGAGGUGGAGGAGGUGAGGGGGGGUGACUUCCUGGUUAUCAUGUGUAUCGACCUGGAGGUGGAGGAGAAACAUGGUUUGAUGGAUCAGACUGCUGACCAGCCCUAUCAGGAGGCCUUUACUGAUGAGCUGGAGUCCUUUAAAGAGAGAGUUCGAGGCAGAGCUAAGAUCAGGAUACAAAAGGCUAUGGAGGAGUAUGAGGAGGAGGAGAGACAGAACAGACUGGGGCCAGGUGGACUGGACCCUGUGGAUGUCUACGAUACUCUGCCAGAGGAAAUGAAGAAGUGUUUUGAUGAUAAAGACAUCUCAAUGCUGCAGGAAGCUAUCAGCAAGAUGGACCCCAUGGAGGCAAAGGGCCACAUGAAGAGGUGUAUUGACUCAGGACUCUGGGUUCCCAACGCCAAUACCGACAACGAAGAGGACAAAGAAGAAGACGAGGAAGAGGACAAAGAAGAUGAGGAAGAGGCAGAGAAGGAGGGAGAGGCGGAGGAGGAGAAAUGACUCUGUCAUGAAUUGAACCCUUCCUUUAGACUUUUGACCUUUUCAGACCUAGCUACACCCUUUACUAGCGUUAGCUUGUCUUAUUGAAAACAUGCUGUGAAGAUGCUAACUUCCCUAGCGUUAAUUGGGCUAGUAUCGCUAGCAUUAGCCUGACCCAUUGAAAACCUGCACCGGGCCAGUAUUUACAAAGAGUCAGCUCUAGGAUCAGAUUCCCCUCUCCAAUCCUGACGU